GCAGCGUGCGCUCUGUUUCAACGUGGUUUGAAUAUUUCUUUUCUUGAUGCAAUUAAAAAAUACUGUCGAUGUUUAAUGAGAUAACUUUAUCCGUUGAAAUUUCUAACGAAACAAGUUCUCCUGUUCAUCCUUCUGCUCCCGGAUAUAAUACAAGAGGUCGAAGUUAGCUGUCUAGUACAUAUAAGUGUCCAUGGCCUAUGUUCGCUUGUGACACUCUAGUGCAGGAUAUAAAGUGCUUGAGAUAGGAGCCGCUCGGAUCGCUGCUCUCGAGUCGUCGACUGUUGCAAUUUUGCGCCUGAAAUCGGCCAAAGUCACACACACGCCGAAGAUGUCGCAUACAAUAUUACUUGUACAGCCUGGUCACAGACCUGAAACAAGGACCUAUUCGGACUAUGAAAGUAUUAACGAAUGCAUGGAAGGUGUUUGUAAGAUAUACGAAGAACAUCUGAAAAGACGAAAUCCAAACACACCAACCAUCACCUAUGACAUAAGUCAAUUAUUUGAUUUUGUUGAUCAAUUAACAGACUUAUCAUGUCUUGUAUACCAAAAGUCAACCAAUACCUAUGCCCCAUACAAUAAGGAUUGGAUUAAAGAAAAAAUAUAUGUAUUAUUGCGCAGGGCUGCAGGGCAUAGCGAGUAAAUAAUACAUGAACAUAAAGAAAUACGUUUAAAUGGAUAAGAUAAUUUUAAGUAUACAAUUCUAUAUUGUUACUCUUCUAAUAUGUAACUUAUAUUUUAUUACUUUAACAUAAUUAUGUCAUACACUUUUCUUUUUUUGCGCAUAAAAUAUACUGUCCAUUUCGAAA